GAUGCCUCUUUUUUCACACCUAGGUGCUCCAUAUAGACUUGAGAGCUUAGAAACACCACUGACAACAAGGAAGAAGGCUGUUAUGUGGACAGGAGAACAUGGCUUUUUUGAUCAUGCAAAACCAGCAAAAGGAGAGAGCCAGGUUUUCUACCCCACUCCCCCAAAGACGGUGCUGCCCAACCCAAAACUUCGAAACUGGGAUUUGACGCUAUCGGAGAGGACAAGCAACAUCCUGAAAAACUUGGAGAAGACCCUUUGGGUCACUUCCUACCAAAUGCAGUACACAGGAUCAGGGCCAGCAAAUCCUUUGAUGACAGAUGAUUUCAAGGAAAAAAUGACUAACUUCGCUGGGCUUAAUUCACACACGUCAGUUCUGCAAGAAAGGUCGCAUCCUGUGUUUGUUCCUUCUAAAGCAAGGCAAGGAUGUAGAAAAAGACUGGGGAGCAAUGUCAGGAGGAGCAGCUGCAGUCCCACUGCUGCUGAACUCCAAAAUACAUCUCCAACUCUAAACCAAAGCGCUGCCUCGGCUGCUGUGAACCAUCCACAAGAGAUCACAGCUAUGCGUAAUGAGGCACCAGAUCUGAACCAAAUGGGUCAUACUCAAUCAGAGUGCAGCACUAACUCCACAAAGGCACAGCAGACUGAGCUGUCCCAGGAGGUCUUACGCAAGCAGCAAGCUCAGUGCAAAUGCUCUGCGCAUAAGGGCAGAAAGAGGGAAAACUGCAAAGUCCAGUUUGACAAUGUCAUGCAAGGAUCCCCAUCACAGAGCAACCAAGAGGCUAAUGCUGCCCAGAUCACAAACACAGAGCAACUCUGGGACCUCUCCAACCGUUUACAUCCCCAGGGGGAGAUAGAAGUCAACAGAGAGGAAAGCAUGUGUGUAAAGGAUGUGCCAAGAAACAAAAAACUUUUUAAAGUUGGAAGAAAUAUACCCAGCUGUAGUCCACUACUUGAAGACAGAGACCAGACGAGCAGGGAAUCACAUCCCAAAUUGUUACCAGGAGCAGAGGACAGAGAGCGGCUGCAGGGCAACUCUAAUCCGUGCAUCAUGCCACGCCCUCCUGUCCUGCCAGGCAGUUCUUCCAUUGGGACUGUGGGUAAAUCAGGUGCAGCCCUGACCCUAUUAGACCUUCAAAAUUCAUUCAGUAAGUCAGAAGCUCAUCGCAAGUCCAACAGCUCCAUCACUCAUGCUGCUGUGAACCUUAGAGACAACGUAGUCUGUGGGAAAAAACACAACUUCUAUGGGAUUAACUGCUACUACAUCCGUGGAUGACCUUCCAUCCAGCCACUUUUCCCACUUAUCCAAUUCAGUAUUGCAAGGAUGGAUAGAGUUGUUCCCAGCUGUCAGAGGAGAAAAGGCACGGUACACCCUGGACAGUUUACCACUCUCACAUUUACACCUACAGCCAAUUAACCUAACCACAUACACGUUUUUGGACUGUGGGAGAAAGCCUGAGGACGGGAAGAGCAUACAGACUCCACACAGGAAGGCCCUGUCCAGCUGGUGGAUUGAAACCCAGGGCCUUUGUGCUGUUAGGCAACAGUACUAACCACUGCAGCUCCCAUAUGGCCUUAUAAACAUAAUUUUAAUAUCUCAGUAAAGCAAUAGCAGUUCUAAUAACCUGAAACCUGAAAGUAACUUAGUAUUAAAAUUUAAAUGACUGCAUGUAUUUAACAUUACUUAAGUGUGACUUUUCAUAACCAAAGAUGCUGUGGACAGUUUUUCAGAGGUGUUUUAACACCUAUAGAGCGAUUUAUUACAGGUUUCAAUGUAGGUUAUUGUUACAUAACACCCACAUUAAAGACUUCUUGGCACAACUAAAAAUGGACUUUCAUGGACUAACCAUAAAGAAUACAGCCUAUUCUGUGCAAUCGCUCAUAUGACUAUAGUCACAUUUAA